AUGGAGCAGAAUGAAUGUGAGUGCCCCUGUGAAUGCCCUCUAGAGGUGAAUGAAUGUACUGGCAACCUCACCAACGCUGAGAACAGUGACUGUUUUGGUGUUCUGGACUGUGAGUGGUGUACGGUGGACAGUGACGGAAAGACCCAUCUGGAUAAGCCUUACUGUGCCCUACAGAAGGAAUGUUUUGGGGGGAUAGUGGGUGCCAAGAGUCCCUAUGUGGAUGGACUGGGCAUUUUAGAUGAGGAGUUGGCUUCGCUGAACAUGAUCAAGAGUGCGCCCGUGGGGCCAGUGGCAGGAGGGAUUAUGGGAUGCAUCAUGGUACUGGUGUUGGCUGUUUAUGCCUACAGGCACCAGAUCCACCGUCGCAGGCAUCAGCACAUGUCCCCGCUGGCCGCACAGGGUGAGUCUGGACACUUUGAGUCUAAAAGUGAAA